UAACCAAAAGAAGUUAUGAGUCAACUCGCCUGAGUGAGUGAGCUCGCUAUCUCUUUCCUUGUCUCUCUCCCUCACUCAUCCUUAAAGAGUUUAAGAUGGCAAGCUUAGGUUGCUGUUCUUCCCUUUCUCUCACAAGGACAUCUCAGUUGAACUUCAGUAAUAACCACAAAAGAAUUAUGACCUGCAAACCACUCCGCAAGAGAAAUGUGGAAAUUAGAGCUGAAGUUAAUUAUGUGAGCAGCGACGAGGCCAAAGAACUUGUAGCUGCAGAGGGGUAUGCGGUUUUGGAUGUACGGGACAGUUCUCAAUAUGAUCGAGCACAUAUUAAAUCAUGUUAUCACGUGCCUCUUUUUAUCGAAGACAAGGACAAUGAUCCAGGUACGAUUGUGAAAAGGACUGUGCACAACAACUUUUCAGGGUUGUUCUUUGGCAUACCAUUCACUAAGCGUAACACAGAAUUUGUGAAGUCUGUUGGAAGUCAGUUUUCGCCAGAUAGUAAAUUGUUACUAGUCUGCCAAGAAGGAUUGAGGUCUUCUGCAGCUGCUAAUGAACUGGAAAAAGCAGGGUUUGAAAACAUAUCUUGUAUAACCUCUGGGCUUCAGUCAGUAAAGCCAGGAACAUUUGAAUCAGUUGGUUCAGCUGAGCUGCAAAAUGCAGGCAAGGCUGGAUUGGUAACCGUUCAGGGCAAGAUCUCAGCUGUACUUGGCACAGUUCUCAUUUGCGCAUAUCUUUUCAUAACCUUCUUCCCGGAUCAAGCAGAGAAAAUACUUCAGAUGGUCCCAGGAAGCUAGUUAUAAUAGUUGGGAAUACUUAAAAUCCCUGAAUUCAACUAAACAGUGUUGAAUGGCUGUUUGGAGCAAAAGAUACCAUGGAGUACAAAAGGGAAGUAGUUGAAUUUCAACAGCAUCUUAAAUAGCUUUAAUAUCGACUGAAGUAUGUGAUGACUCCUUUUCGAAUUUAUAGGGAGAAAUUGUCGCCUUCCUAGUGCCUACAGUGUCUGAGCACAGGCACAAGUGUAAAGAUGAAUUAGAUAAUGCUUCUUUUCUUGGGUUCUUAUCCUGCUGCUUUUUACUCACAAGUGAUAUAUAUCCGACUAUGCAGAACGAGGUCACUACCAGUUUUCAUGGUUGAGCAUGCAGUGUCAGGAAACUGAAGGGUUUGUUUAUACCAAGCACUUUGGAUUCAAACUUUGGGAGCAAAUUUUCCGCUGAGAAACUGUAUAUUGUGUUAUUAGCAUGUAGUCAUCAUUUACGUAUUGUUAAAUGGUAUCUACUCCCUCCGUUACUUUUUAAUAGGCCAGUUUCUAUAAAUAAAUAUUUCAAAAAAAUAGGCAAGUUUCCUAAUU